GGCGGCUCCAAUCAGGCGACAAAUCGCAGGUUCAAAGGAAGAAACGUUUGUCCAUGCUCGUAUUUCAGUUUUCUCGGUCUCACCACGAAUUUGGGACGCUUCUCUCUUCAGCGUAUUGUGGCGUUCCGUCCAUUGAAGUGGCUGGAGCAGACCCAGGAUCUGAACUGCCCUGCCCUGCUGCGGGACGGGGGAAACCAAAAGAGGCAGAGGGUGCGGGCAGUCCAGUGGCAGCCAAACCUGGGCCAACAACAGCUGCAAGCUGGAGAUCAAGAAGCUAGAAGAUGCUACAAUUGUGGCAAAAUUAGACAUAUUGCCCCGGACGGGCCAAGGAUUACAGACCCCUGGACACGACGGGCCAGCAGUAGGAUGAGGUGGAGGAGAAAGAAGAAAACUAACUGCAGCACGUGGAAUUAAGCGGUUUCCAAAAUGAACAAAAUCACGGAUGGAUCAGCCCUCUUGGAUGUCACCGCCGAGACCCUCGACCUUCCCUGCAAGCUGCUUCCACAACAUCCAUUUCUCCGUCGCUGCAAGUUAAUGACUGACAGCUGGCAGAUAACCUGACACCAUCCUGUCUAUGGGCCAAGAUACAUCACGCGAACAAGACACCAUCCGUGUGUGUGGACGGGAGCAUUUGAGGAAAGAGCUUUAGAAAGACGGGCAGCAGGAACUCCAUGAAGGGCACGAUGAUGAAGACCAUGAAGGGAACGAGCCGGAACAGGCCCUGUAAGAGAAAGGGAAAGUUAAGGAUGCUGGAGCAGAACAAUGGAUUUCUCCUUCUCUUUCAUGCAAGGGAUCAUGGGAAACACAAUUCAACAACCACCUCAGCUUAUUGACUCGGCCAACAUCCGCCAGGAGGACGUGUACGAUGCGGGCAGCGAUGCCGGAGACGACGGCGGCCCCUCCGCCUACGAGUCGGCCUUGGAGUCGGGCUUCUCCUACCCGCCCUCGGCCUCUGAAGACCUGCCCGGGGUCACCAACGGCUACCCGUCUGUGGGGCUGUACGAGCCCCAGGCCAAAUACGCCAUGUACUCCCAGUUCUCCAACGGCUCGGCCAAUGGCUACGGCGCCCUCCGCGGCUACGGGGAGCACUGCCUGCUGCCCGGGGAGGGCACGGUGCUGAGGGCCCCCGUCGUCCAGGAGAAGCCUCCUUCCCCGGCUCCCCACCUCCACCACCCGCACCUCCAUCACCACCACCACCACCACCACCCCCACGCUCACCUGCACCACCCCCACCCCCACAGCCCGCCGCCCCUGCACACCCAGCACCACCCGCCCCCGCCCCACCUCAUGAGCCACAUACAGCCCCAUCCUCCUCCCCCGCCUCCUCCUCCUCCUCCUCCUCCGCCCGUUCUCCUUCCCUCCUCGCCUCCCGCCCCCUCGCUGAUGGACGGCGCCCAGCCCCACCCCCCGGCGCUGCGGCCCAGCCCCGCCGCCACCCCCUCCAAGAAGACCAGCUCCCCCGAAAUCAAGCUGAAGAUCAUCAAGACGUACCAGAACGGGCGGGAGCUGUUCGAGUCCUCGCUCUGCGGGGACCUCCUCCAGGACGUCCAGGCCGGCGAGGCGCCGAGGCGCCGGCACGAGCGCAAGAAGGAGAAGAGGAAACGGGCCGGCGGCCGCCACGCCCAGCACCUCCUGCAGGAGGCGCACCAGGGCCCGCACCAGGGCCCGCCGCAGGGGGGCGCCGCCGAGCCGGCCGGCGUCCCGGGCCCUCAGGAGCCGCCGUGCGAGCGUCUGGAGGAUCCGCAGGGGCCCGAACAGGAACACGAGGAGGACCACAAGGGCCCUGGAGAGGAGGCCAAGGAACAAAAAGUCCAGAAGCACUUACCCACAGUAAUCACAGGCACCGGCUGCUGUAAGGCCCACGAGGUGGGGGACUUGGUGUGGGCGAAGGUGGGCACGUACCCCUGGUGGCCGUGCAUGGUGUCCUGUGACCCCCAGCAGAGCGUUCACACUCGCAUAAACACUCGAGGCCACAGGGAGUAUCACGUGCAGUUCUUCGGGAGCGUGGCCGAGAGGGCGUGGAUCCACGAGAAGAGGGUGGUGGUGUACCAGGGCGAGCAUCAGUUCGAGCAGCUCCAAGCCGAGACUCUGCGCAAGACCUCCAACCCGGCCGAGAGACACAAGCUGCUGAAGCCCACGCCCCAGCGGGAGCGCGCUCAGUGGGAGGUGGGCGUGGGGCACGCGGAGGACGCCCUGCCGAUGACGCGGGAGGAGCGCAUCGAGACCUACACCUUCAUCUACGUGGAGCCCGACGCCGCGCCGCCCGGGGCGGGCGAGAAGGCCGCCGCCAAGGUGGAGAGGAGGGGCCCGCGGAGGUCCCGCGGCAGCCUGGGGGGCCGCGAUUCGGGCCCCGCCGAGGGAGAGCAGCCCCCCCGCAGGCAGCAGCCCCGCCGGCAGUGCAGCCUGACGGGGGCGGAGGACACCCCCGACCAGGAGGAGCCCGCGGCCGGCCGCAGCCCGUCCGCCGGGCCCCUGGCCCCCGGGGGCCCCUCCGAGCCCCCGCCCCAGCAGCAGCAGCAGCAGCAGGCCCCCCCGGUGAAGGCGCCCUGGAAGACGGCCGCCGCCCGCAAGCUGCUGCCCCUCUCCAUCACCAUGAAGAAGCUCAACGUGCAGAUCACCAAGUGCGACUGGCCCCUCCCGCGCGACCGGGCCCCCUCCCCCGGGCGGGCCGAGGGGGAGGCCAAGCAGGCGGACCCAGCCUCCUACUCGCCCAGGGGCUGCAGUGGUAAGGCAGAGGCCGUCUCUAAGGACCAGGAGAAGGCGGUUUCUGCCACAGGCCGGAGGAGUGAGCCGGGAGCAGUGCAGCAUGGGUCGACGGAGGCCUCGUCAGGGUCUCUGGAGCGCAAGCAGCAGCGCCGGUCGGUGAGGAGCCGCUCCGAGUCGGACAAGUGCAUGGAGACGGUGCCGAAGAAGAAGAUGAAGAAGGAGCAGGCUGAAGCUGUGCCGCUCACGGAUCUGAAGACGGGAUCGCAGAAAGGAGCCAGUGAGAUCUCAGACUCCUGCAAGCCUCUGAAGAAGCGCAGCCGGGCGUCCACCGACGUGGAGACCACCAGCUCCCAGUACCGCGACACCUCCGACUCCGACUCCCGGGGCCACAACGACCCGCAGGUGGUCUUCGGGAAGUGCGCAGACAGCCCUGCGGCUGCAGACGCAGACGCUUCAGAUGCGCAGUCGGUGGACUCCAGCGUGUCCCGGCAGGGAAGCAGCACCUCGAAGAAAGACACCGUCUGUCAGAUCUGUGAGUGUUUUGGGGACUCCUUGGUGAGCUGUGAGGGGGAGUGCUGUAGACUGUUCCAUCUGGAGUGCCUGGGACUGUCCGCCCUACCUGAGGGAAGAUUCACCUGCGUGGAAUGUAGAAACGGCUCCCACUCCUGUUUCUCCUGCAAGGCGUCGGGUGGAGAGGUGACGCGCUGCUCGGUGGGAGGCUGCGGCCGCUUCUACCACGAGUCCUGCGCCCGCAAGCUGCCCGGCGCCUCCACCGACUCCAAGGGCCUGCGCUGCCCCCAGCACAGCUGCGCCACCUGCUGUCUGGAGAGGGACCUGCACAAGGCCGGCAAAGGGCGGAUGAUGCGCUGUCUGCGGUGCCCCGUGGCCUAUCACACGGGCGACGGCUGUGUGGCGGCGGGCAGCCUGGCCAUCACGCCCCACGUCAUCGUCUGCAGCAACCAUUCCGGCUCCAAGAAGAACGGCCACAUUACCUCACCCGUGAACGUAGGCUGGUGUUUCAUCUGUGCCCGAGCUACCAAAAAGAAUAUUGGGAAAGGGGGAAGGCUGCUCUGCUGCGAGUCCUGCCCUGCCUCCUUCCACCCCGAGUGUUUGGACAUGGAGAUGCCGGAGGGGAGCUGGUGCUGCAGUGAGUGCCGGCAGGGGAAGAGGCCUCACUACAAGCAGAUCGUCUGGGUGAAGCUGGGCAGCUACAGGUGGUGGCCUGCGGAAAUCUGUAACCCCCGCCUCGUGCCCUCCAACAUCCAGAGCCUCAAACACGACAUCGGCGACUUCCCCGUCUUCUUCUUCGGCUCUCACGACUACUACUGGAUCAACCAGGGGCGCGUCUUCCCCUACGUGGAGAGCGACAAGAACUUCGCCGAGGGCCAGAUGAGCAUCAACAAGACCUUCAAAAAAGCUCUGGAAGAGGCAGCAAAGAGGUUCCAGGAGCUAAAGGCCCAGAGGGAGAGCAGGGAGGCCCUGGAGCAGGAGCGCAACUCCCGGAAACCCCCGCCGUACAAGUUCAUCAAAUCCACCAAGCCGGUGGGGAAGGUGCAGGUGCACGUGGCGGACGUGGCGGAGAUCCCGCGGUGCAGCUGCCAGCCCUCGGACGACAGCCCCUGCGGCCUGGACUCGCAGUGCCUCAACCGCAUGCUGAUGUACGAGUGCCACGCCCAGGUGUGCCCGGCCGGCGAGAGCUGCCAGAACCAGCGCUUCUCCAAGCGCCUCUACCCCGACGCCGAGGUGUUCAGGACCCAGGGCCGCGGCUGGGGCCUCAAGACCAAGCAGGACCUGAAGAAGGGUGAUUUUGUGAUCGAGUACGUUGGGGAGCUGAUCGACUCUGAAGAAUGCAAGCAGCGAAUCAAACAUGCCCAUGAGAACCAUGUGACCAACUUCUACAUGCUGACCCUCACCAAGGACCGUGUCAUCGACGCCGGGCCCAAAGGAAACUUCUCGCGCUUCAUGAACCACAGCUGCAGCCCCAACUGCGAGACGCAGAAGUGGACGGUGAACGGAGAUGUCCGGAUAGGGCUCUUCACCCUGUGUGACAUCGAAGCCGAGACUGAACUGACCUUUAACUACAACCUGGACUGCCUGGGCAGCGGCCGAACGUCCUGCCACUGUGGAGCGGAGAACUGCAGCGGCUUCCUGGGGGUGCGGCCUAAGAGCACGGUGGUGAUGGAGAAGGAGGAGAAGGCUCGGAACGCCAAGCCCAAGCCCAAGAAGCGCAGGCUGAAGCCUGACAGCAGGCCGGCGCACGAGCACUCCUGCUUCUGCUGCGGCCAGGGCGGGGAGCUGGUCACCUGCGACCGCAAGGACUGCCCCAAGGCCUACCACCUCCCGUGUCUCGACCUCGCCAAGCCGCCGUACGGGCGAUGGGAGUGUCCUUGGCACCAGUGCAGCCUAUGCCAGAGUCCCGCCUCCUCCUUCUGCGACUUCUGCCCCAGCUCCUACUGCCGGGAGCACGAGGGCGGGUUGCUGGUGCCCUCCGCGUCGGACCAGCGCCCCUGCUGCCCCAACCACAGCCCCCAGAGCCCUCUGGACUCGCAGGCCGACCUCGCCAAAGUUCAGCUGAAGACGGAGACGGCGGAGUCCGUCCAGGUGGUGGGCGAGUGAGGGCGCCCUCUUCUGGUGGCAGCAGGUGCAGCGCGAGGGGGGAGGAAAGGCCCUGAAAACGAGGUGUCUCGCGCCGCGAUGCGGAGAUAUAGACUUGUGGCUUAAGUAGAGAGACUGGCCUUCCCCACGUCAGACGCACUGAGGAGAAGGCAGAGGUUUAUCCAUAUCCGUGCGGUCGAUUCCAAUCGAGUCCGGUCGAUUCCGGUUUAAGAGCGGGCAUGAUUUAACACAAACAAACAACACAUCCGGUUACCCCAGAGCCUGCAAGAGGGUUCACAGUGCUCUUUUCUGAAUGUUUUUAUUUGAUUUUAUUUUUUUACUGAGGAGAGAACCCGGUGUUGCAGUAUUGGUUGAUGGCACUUUUUAGAAACUCUUUCCUCGGGUGAGGGGGCGCUGGUGGCUCCGCCCAGCCCUGCUGCUUGUACUUCCUCCGUUUCCGCGCCGUGAGCGGUGGUUGCCUGGAGACCAGCGCGCGCUAGCCAGCCGGCGCACCGCGCAGGACAGGAAGCGCCUCGCUAGACCGCAGAGGCAAGCUCCCCCUCUCAUCCCCUCUCUAAACACCCUUACAUCACUCCAAAACCGUUUCCUUUGUGUGUACCUCUUGUUUAAGAAAACCUAAGUGUUUGUGCAAUUCAAACAGGAUUACAGCACGUCAGAAACCACGCCAUCAUUUUACAUCUUUUCAGAUGUUAAAGCCAUUCCUUACUCCCCCACUCCUUGGGGUGGGAUACUGUUUUUCAUAUAUUUUUUGAAUAUAUAUACUGUAUAUGUUCAUGAUUACAGCUUUGUUCAUGAUUA